AUGCUGCCUUACCUGUUCCCUGAGCUGUCCACCUUUGCUACAGUCGCCGAUCUCAUCACCCACCUUCGCACUAGUGACGCUCGCCUGCGUGCCGCCCUUCCCACCGAGUUCUGCGCUAAGAACCCCCCUCCACUGUACUGGACGCUCCAUUUCAUAGUCACCCGUCUCCCUGACACCCUCAGCUCAGUCCGAGACUACUUCCUUGCCCGCUGUCCCACUGAGCUCACAGUCGCCCUCCUAGAGGAGAAGCUGCUAGCAGCCGAGAAGAGCAUUGUCGCUGUAGGUGCUGCUCGUGGCGCUCCUCGCACCCCCAUCUUUGAGGGGUGUUCUCCCUCUCCCCUCGCUCCCUCCUACGCUACUGCUGCUGCUGUUGACCUCCUUGGUGCUGAGUCUGCUGGCGCUGCUUCUGCUCCUGGUGGGAGGCGCCGCACCGGCAAGGGCAAGGGGGGCAAGGGUGGUGGUGGUGGCACUGGGGGGGGAGGUGGUGGGGGAGGUGGGGGAGGAGGCGGUACCGGAGGGAGCGGUGGCGGGAGUGCUGGUGGGGGUGGAGGCAGCGGUGGGGGCGGGGGCGGCGGCGGGAGUGGUGGCAGCGGUGGCGGCGGUGGCAGCGGUGGUGGCAGUGGUGGCGGUGGCGGCGGCGGCGGUGGCGGUCGGAGCGGCGGUAGUGGCGGUGGUGGUGGUCGGAGUGUGGGCCCCAGCUCGGGCCAGUCCUCGCAGCAGCAGCAGCGUCCUCAGACGACCCAGCAGCUCCGUGAGUGGCUUGCUCAGCGUGGGACGUCGGGAGGCAGUGGUCGCUGUUCCUAUGUCAUUCGCACAGGUGAACGCAAGGGGCAGAAGUGUGGGAGGUUCCACACCCAGUACCGCUGCUUCUCCCGCCUUGACGACGCUUGGCGUGAGGAGAUGGGCGAGGAGGUUGAGCGCCCCCGCUGGGCUGAUCUGAUGAGGGCUGGUGUUGAUAUCUUUGCUCUUGAUUAUGAUGCUAUUAUUGCUGCCAUGUAUGCAUUGACUGUUAGUGCUGAGGGGGACUGUUACUUGUGUGUGCCGCCUGACCCAGGUAUAGAGCCCACUGCCCUAGGUACCAGCGAGUCUGCUCUCUCAGGUACUGUGCCUUCCGAGGCUACUCCCUUCGGUACACCCCCUCCUGCUAGCGAGUCUGCGCUCUCCGGUACUGCGCCCGCUGAGGCCUUGCACACCUUCACGCUUGACUCAGGUGCUUCCCGCUGCUUCUUUCGUGACAGUACUGAGCUCACUCCCCUCCCUGCACCAGUUCCAGUCUCCCUGGCUGACCCCUCCGGGGGUCCAGUUCUUGCACGGUCUACCACUGUGCUUCCCUGUCCGGCGGUUCCGUCUGGCUCGUUGUCAGGUUUUCACCUCCCCUCGUUCUCUACGAACUUGGUGAGCAACGCUGUUAUCCAGGAUCACUGGGUUGACACCUUCACCCCUGGAGGACAGCGUGUGGCGAUCUGUACGUGCUCCAGGACUGGCCGUCACCUGGCUACGUUCACUCGUCAGCCGGGGUCGAGUCUCUACACACUGACCACUGUGUCUCCUCAGGUCGCUGCUGUUGGUCAGGUGUCUGCGUCAGGUCUAGUAGCCCACCCCUGUGAGUGUCGCUCCCUGUCGCACCAGACCCUUCUCUGGCACCACCGCCUGGGUCACCCCUCCUUGCCGCGCCUUCGUGGCAUGCACCGUCGUCACCUUGUGUCCGGUCUUCCCCGGUCUCUCCCUCCCCUCCCUGCCUCGCCUGCGCCGCCUUGCCUUCCUUGCGUCGAGGGGCGGCAGCGCGCCGCUCCUCACUCCUCCUCGUUUCCCCCGACCGAGGCUCCUCUGCAGACCCUCCACCUGGACGUGUGGGGCCCAGCCCGCGUCCGUGGACAGGGCGGUGAGCGGUACUUUCUGCUGGUUGUCGACGACUACUCGCGUUACACCACGGUCUUCCCCUUGCGCACCAAGGGUGAGGUCCCUGCUGUUCUAAUCCCUUGGAUCCGCACAGUUCGUCUCCAGCUCCGCCGCCGGUUCGGGACAGAGCUUUCUGUCCUGCGUCUUCACUCUGACAGAGGUGGUGAGUUCUCCUCUGACCUCUUGAGGGCCUUCUGUCAGGCGGAGGGCAUCGAACAGUCCUUCACGCUUCCGGACUCCCCGCAGCAGAAUGGGGUUGCAGAGCGCCGCAUUGGCCUGGUCAUGGAGGUCGCUCGUACCUCCUUGGUUCAUGCGGCGGCUCCCCAUUUUCUGUGGCCGUUUGCUGUCCGGUACGCCGCGCAUUAG